AUGGCUAUCCGUUCUCUCAAACCAGUCCUGUGUGGCUUGGUCCUCGCCUUUGCGCUGCACGCCGGCAUCGCUGCUGCUUCGUCGGCCUACGACAAGGGCGAUCCUCUUUUCAAUGCCCAAGUCCUCGAGAACCUGAGCCUCGAGGAGCUUGACGGUGAGCUUCAGCAAUGCCCCAUCGUUGCCUCUCUCUCGGGCGCAAAGGCCACGCACUUUUCCUCGCAGACGUCGUCCUUCCUUUCUCGCGCCUUCGCUGUGCUCUUCCCCGCUGAGCGCCCCGCCAUCAAUGCCCUCCUUGCAACCCUCUAUAUCUCUGGCCCCCCGAACCUGCUGCUGGCCCUCUGCCCUCCCGAUAUCGACCCGGCUUCGCUCUCUGUCAUGGUUGCCUUUGCCGUCGGCGGUCUCCUUGGCGAUACUCUCUUCCAUCUGCUACCCGAGAUCUUCCUCGGUGAGGACGAGCCCGAUAAGACGCGCUUUGUGCUGGGCCUUCGGAUCGCAACCGGCGGCGCCGGACACGACCAUGGCCACGGACACUCGCACGGCGAGGCCCAAGAGGUUGCCGCCGAGGUCGUUAGCUCCGCGCUCGACAAGGCGGACGGCAAGGCCAAGAACCGCAAGGCCAAGAAGGGCGAGGUUGCCGUUGUAAAGCCCGCUGAGAAGGAGAUUAGUGCCAGUGUCAAGCUGGGUGGGUACCUGAACCUCAUUGCCGAUUUCACGCAUAACAUCACCGAUGGUCUUGCCAUGUCUGCCAGCUUCUACGCAUCGCCCACUAUUGGCGCCACAACGACGGUGGCCGUCUUCUUCCACGAGAUCCCCCAUGAGGUCGGCGACUUUGCGCUGCUCGUGCAGUCUGGUUUCAGCAAGCGGGCCGCCAUGGGUGCGCAGUUCGUCACGGCUCUCGGCGCGCUGCUGGGCACCCUCAUUGGGAUUGCUGUGCAGGAGCUCGGCGGUGGAGCCGGUGACGAGGGCGGACCGAUGGGACGAAACGGCGGUAUCUGGGGCACCAGCCUUAGCUGGGGUGACCUAUUGCUGCCGUUCACGGCCGGCACGUUCCUCUACGUCGGCACGGUGGCUGUAAUUCCUGAGCUGCUGGAGACGGGUCCCAACAAGGCCCAGGAGCUGAAGAAGACGGUAGUGCAGUUUGCAGCGAUUGCUCUGGGAGCGGGCAUCAUGCUGUUCAUCUCGUGGCACGACUAG